GUUAGUUUACACAAAAUGGCGGGGGGGCGGGGCUUCAAAUGAGAGGCGCCAUUUAGUUUAGCACCUGUUAACUGACUGAUAUUAUUCUUAACACAACUUUAAAAAGAAAAUGUAACUCAAACCUGUGCUUUAAUAAUCGAUUAACACUUAAAAUUAACUAGUCUGAUCUAUUCUCAAAGGCCAGGAGUGGAGAAAGUGUCGAAGUCUUGAAGCUGUAAACUGAUAGCUAGCAACCGGUUGAAGCGUCUGCUCGUGCUUCUGUAGAGAACACCUGAGGUACCAUGUCAUCAGAUGUUGAAAACCUCUUGAAUUAUUUCCAAACCUGAAACCUAGACAACAGAACAAUGUGUUCAAUUCCUGGGCUCCCGUCACCUGGCUCAAACGUGACCGUGUUCAUUACCAGAAUAAACGUGAGCCGUCUCUGUGUUCUGGUAGAGUUUUGGGGUAAUUUUGUCCAGGAUCAGAAACUUGCAUAUCAACAAAUGAAAAAAGAGAUUCAGUACCCCAAAGAAGUAUUUCAUGAAGGAGAAGGGAAGCCUGGUGAUCUCUGUCUUAUACGGGUCUAUGAAACAUGGUACAGAGCUCGUAUAGUGUCAAGAAAUGAUACUUACUACACAGUAUUUCUCAUUGAUGAAGGCAGAACACUUCAGGCUCAUAUCAGCCUUUUGGCAUGGGGCCAAACUGACUUUUUCAGCCUACCUCCUGAAGUUGAAUUGUGCAUUCUUUCCAAUGUCCUGCCAUUGUCUCUUGAAAAUAGAUGGUCAGAAUUGGCCUUGGAGUACAUGAAAUCAUUCUGUGGGAGAACAGUAACUGCCUAUGUUCUGGAUUUUUCCAUCCCUCAGUGUGCAUUUCUACUUGAUAUUCCAUGUCUGUCUAGGCAAAUGUACGAGAUGGGAUUUGCAAAGAAAUUGUCAAAUGACGAGUUCAAAGACUUUGUUUCAAGGUCUUUACAGUCUGAUGCUGGGUCUGUAGAGCCGUUGAGGACUGCAUCCGUCGGAUGUAAACCACUUGAACAAACCAAGACACAGCUGUGUUACAUGUAUCCGAAGCUAGAAGCUGAAACCAUCGAGACUGUGCUAGUCACAGAGGUAAAAAAUCCCCUACGUGUCUUCUGUCAGCUAAAGGUUUUCUCCCAGGAACUCAAGAAACUGAGAGAGCAGAUAACUCAGCAUUAUGAAAGAACAGUUGAAUCUCAUUUUGCAAGACCUGAGAACUUGGGGGCUCCUUGUGCAUCAAGAGGAGAUGAUGGAAAGUGGUAUCGCUCUGUUUUGCUGCAGGUCAUGUCCACCAACAGUGUAGUUGAAGUGUUGCAUGUGGAUUAUGGGAAGAAACAAUUUGUUCAAGUAGAGCAUGUUCGACCACUGGCCCCAGAAUUCGUCAGAAUGCCUGUUGUGACUUAUAUUUGCUCUCUGCAUGGAGUUAUUGAUCGAGGAGAUGGUUGGACAGUUUCACAGAUUGAUUAUCUGAAAUCCUUACUGCUUAACAGAACCGUUAUAGCCAAAUUCGAGUAUCAAAGCCUCUCGGAGGGUGUCCACUACGUCACACUGUAUGGACAUGAAAACAAAAAUCUAAACAAAUUAUUUGGCUCCAGAGAGAAGUGCUUAAUAGGUUCGAGGUGCCUUAAAGAUGAUACCAUGCACAAGAUUGGAAUGAGUCGGAGGUGCCAGGCUUCAGUUAAAUGUGAGACACAAGGAACCCAGGAUUUGAAAGGGAUUUUCACAGAAAGUCUCUUACCUAAUACCGAUCAUGUGGCUGUUGUGCAGCAUGUUGAUAGCCCCUCAAAGUUUUGGAUCCAGACACAGAAAUAUGCUGCUGAGUUUGACCUGCUAAUGGAUGGCCUGACGGAGAUGUGUAGUGAUCUGACCAGAGCCAGAGGACUGAUUAUAAAGCCUGUAGCUGGUCGACUUUGUGUGGCCAAAGCCAAAGAUGAUGUGUUCUACAGGGCUGCUAUUUGUGAAGUCUUUGAGACGAAGGCAGAGGUUUUCUUCCUUGAUUAUGGAAACAAAGAAUUGGUUGAUUGUAGUAACCUUCGCGAGUUGCCCCUCAGUUAUCAAAACCUACCAGCCUUGGCAGUUAAGUGUGCUCUUUACGGUGUUCAACCCAGAAGUGAAGAAUGGGAUCUAAAUGCCACAUUAUUCUUUGCUAAAGCUGUUGUGGACAAAGUCCUUGAUGUACAUAUACUUGCAAAGUCCCAAGACACACAUGUUGUCCAGGUCAUUGAUUCUAUGUCUGAUGGAGAAAAAGAUUUUUCAAAGCUGCUCUGUAGUGCAGGUUUUGCCGAUAUGGAUAAACCUGUGAUCACACCACACACUAAAGCGGUACAGACUUCUGACGUGUUCACGACGAGUGCUGUUUCACAGUCAUCCAAUUCGCCUGCUGUAACGUCUGCUUUCACGGAGUACCUGAUUCCAGUUGGAAGCUCAUUUGACGUUACGGUAUCCUACAUCGAGAAUCCGAAUGACUUUUGGUGCCAGAAAGCUAAUGAUGCAAAAUGCCUGAAACUGCUAAUGCAAGAUCUUCAGAGGUACUAUGCAAACUCUGAAUUUCAGCCUCCUUUGGAAGCUGCCUGUGUUGCUCGUCACCCUAAAAAUAGAAUGUGGUAUCGAGCGUUGGUCGUCCAAAAGCACCAGGCUUCUAAUGUAACCGUACUCUUUGUCGAUUAUGGGGAAACGAGGAGCGUUCCCAUUUACGACCUUCGCCGCAUUGAUCCAGAAUUCCUUAAGUUGAAAGGACAAGCUUUCCGAUGCUGCUUGUAUAACUUGAACUCUCCGGUCUCUCGUUCCACUUUAGUAUGGAGUCCGGAUGCUACGUUGCAGUUUCAAGAGUUUGUGGACAAGGCAGCCUCAAUGGGUGUGGUGUUGAAAUGUACUGUGUAUGCCAUGAUGUGCGACACUCAGAAUGUGGUGUUUAAUGUAGUGGAUUUAGAGAGUCCAUUCCAAAGCAUCUGCAGACUUCUUGCCCAGAGAGGUCUGGCUGACCAUGCACCUAAAAAGGGAGCUCUGCCAUCUUUAAGGCUAGAUACAUACUACUACUCUUCACACAGCAUCAGAACUGGGUCCGAAGAAGUUGUAAGCAUCACCUGUGUGAAAAGUGUCAACCAAUUCUUUUGUCAUCCGCAAAGAAACUUGGUGCAGAUUGAUGCACUUGCAGAUAAUGUCAACAGAUUAUGCAGUCAGUUACAGAGCAUUAACUGUCCCAAAAUCUUUGGAAAUGUUUGCUUUGCAAAAUAUACUGAUGGACUGUGGUACAGAGGACAACUUAAAUCUAAAAAGCCUUCGGUUGUAGUCCACUUUGUGGAUUAUGGUGACACACAGCAAGUUGAGAAAUCAGAUGUCCUACCAGUUCCACUUGAAGUUGCUGAAAUUAUGGCGAUACCUGUGCAAGCAGUUGAGUGUGGGCUUUCUGAUGUGCCCGAAAAGGUUCCAAGUGAAGUGAAUAGCUGGUUUGAAAGUUUUGUGACAGAUCGCCAGCUCAAAGCCUUGGUAGUAUCCAAAGAACCAUCUGGUAAAUUAAUUGUUGAGCUAUAUGAUGGGAAAACUCCAGUAAAUGCAAUAAUCAGAGAGAAAUUUCACAUUGAAGCCGAGAGAAACGAGCAAAUUACUGUAAAAGGACUUGAAGUCAAGGAUCAAUUUCAGUCAUGUGCUGAAAGACGAAAAGUAGCGCAGUGGAUUCCAGAGAAACACUGGAGAUCUCAGAAAAGUGCUGACUCGGAAGAAAGCGCAGGAAAAUUUCCUGACGGGGGCACGAAAAGAAUCGCCCCAAUAAAGUUGAAGCACAGUGUUUUUCACAGAGAAACUCUUAGUGAAUUUGAAAAUGCCAAACCCGGUGUCCUUAAACAAGCCGAGCUCCCUGUUAAAGUAGUCGAGCCAGGUCUGGAAGCUGAAGUGUUCAUCUCACAUUGCAAUAGUCCUUUAAGCUUCUUUGUCCAGUUGGUAACGGAUGAAAGUGAAAUUUGGUCUCUGGUGGAAAAGUUGAAUGCUGGUCAGCCAAAGCACAUACCUGUUAACCCUGGUGAUCUCUGUGAAGGUGACUUGGUUAGUGCAGAGUACCCUGAAGAUAACUGUUGGUACCGUGCAGUUGUGAGAAAUGUGCCCGUCGGUGUCACGGCUGAUGUCGAAUUCAUUGACUUCGGAAACACCGCUGAAGUUUCACUCUCAAAAAUAUGCUUUCUGGACAAAGUGUUCUCCCAGCCAAGGUACAGCAUUCAUUGCUCACUGACUGGAGUGGUAAAAGUCGACCGUGACGCGGCCUCGAAUUUCAAAAUGGCAAUUAAAAAAAAUGCUGAUGGAUUUUUAUGUAAAUUUAUCCAGCAGUCAGGUUCUGUAUGGGAGGUCAAACUUGAGGUCAAUGGUGAGCCGUUGGGAUCUGCUUUCUCCAAAGAUACAAAUGUCAUAACUGCAACAGGUGCACCCAAGAGCCCAGAUACUGACUUCAAUCUGUGUGCUUAUAAGAAUCCUGAGAUAUGGACUGGACAGGUAAUUGCUGUAUAUGCCUCAGUCAUUACUGGGCCACAGCUUUUCUGGUGUCAGUAUGCAGAGACAGAAAAGCUGCAGGAGAUUUCUGAUAUAAUCCAAAAGAUUGGUAGUAAUUUGGGAAGUGGCCCUUUGAGUAUAGAAACCCUACCGAUUGAAAGCGGAUGCAUUGCCCUUUUCGAUGAGGACCGACUAUGGUAUCGCGCCAAGGUGACUUCAGCUGAAAAGGACACACUCUCUGUUCUGUUUGUUGACUAUGGAAACGAAUCAAAAGUUAAAAUGUGCGACAUUAGACCACUGCCAUUUGAGGUAUCCGAUUUACCUCCUCAGGCGUUUGCUUGUCAGCUCGAUGGUUUUAAUGUUUUGGAUGGGUCCUGGGACGACAAGGCAGCUGAUCAGUUCUAUGAGCUAAUCAAUGACCAACUCUUGAAAGUCACAGUUGUGAAAUUGUCCAGUUCAUGCGAUGUGGUGACUCCUCAUUUUGUUCAGCUGGAAUGUGACGAUCUUAUCAUCAAUGAUGCAAUGAAAAAAUGUUGGACUCAGAAUAGCAAGAGGACAUCAUUUGAACUAGCAACUUCUGCAACGGUCUGUGAUUCGACUAAUGUGCCUGAAACGUCUGCUCCAUGUGUAGCUGAACCUAUAGAAGGGCCCAAGGACCCCCUUUUUAUAGCCACGGAGAAUCUGCACAGUGGCACUUGCAUUUCUCCUCCCAAAUUGCAGGUAGAAUGCGAUGGUCUGACUGAGCAUGCGGAGCAAGCUGGACCCACAGAGAUGCUGGAUAAAAGAAAUGUUGCUGUGAGUGAGAGAUUUUCUCUAGAUGAAGAUCGCUACUUGACGUCAGCAGACAUGGAAAAGCCUGAGAAUUAUGGCAGAAGUGUCGGUGUAAAGGAUACAAAUAUAAAUGUAGGCAUUCAUCCAGUUCACCCUGUGGAUGUUCUCAGGGAGUGCCUGUUAGACUCCACAGACGUUAUGCGUGAAGGAGCAUUCACAGGUUCUGUGGAGUAUACUGAUGAGAACCAAGUGGAAACUGCAUGUCCAGAAGGUCAGUCUUGUGAUGAGGUCUGCGAAAAAGUGCAUGGAUUGGUUUCAGAACACGAUGAGAAUAAGACUGGGUCUGAUCAUGAGAUCAUUAAAUCAGCCUUGGGAAACGUAAGAAGGGCUGCAGAAAGUGGUGCAGUCAGGUCAGAAUGUGCGAUCUGGCCCCGAGAACAAGCUUUAAAGAUUUCUGAUGAUUCCACCUCGGCUGAAAAGGAAACGGCGCACGAAGCCGUGACCUGUUCUGCUUCUCCAGAUCGUUCUGUCAUAGGUAGUUAUGAAGAGAUGGAUGAAGAACCUAGUGCUGGGAUGGAUCUGGUGAGUGAUGAACAGGUAAACUUGACUCGAGACAAAGAGCUGGACUCCUGUUUAGGUCACUUGGUGGCAGAAUCUGAAAAAACAGCCAUGGAGAUUGAGCCAAAACUAGAACAGAACGUAUGCAGUGCUAUGACCGUCCAGGUACAAACUGAGGAGACGAGUCCUCCAGCAGAGGAACAGAGAGAACGUGUGACGAAGACGUGUGAGCAGGUAGAUGAGCUGAUGGGAUUCAUACCUGCGAUGCCACUGGAGAAGGACCAGGAGACGGAAGCUGAAGCGGAUCUGGAUACCUUCGGCGUAACGUCACCGGAGAAGCACAAAAAAAGGGACCAGAGAAACCCCAUACCCGGUCAACCUGACAGAAGGAGCCACACCGAGCCUCAAGAUAAAGAGCACGACUGCUGCUUAGGUGACUUGGUGGCAGAGUCUGAACAACCUGUGCAAGAUGAUGUGACUCCAGGUCCAGAUUCAGGUCUCGAUGCUCCUCAGGAAACGAGCAAAAUGUUUGUUGCAGAUAUUUCAGUUGAGCAAAGUGAACCUGCCAUGGAAAUGAAUCCGACACUAGAAUUAGCAGAAGAUUUAUGCUGUGCUGUGAAAGUCCAGGUACAACCUGUGGAAGAAGCUGAGGAGACGAGUCCUCCAGUAGAAGAACAGAGAGAACGUGUGACUAAGACGUGUGAGCAGGUAGAUGAGCUGAUGGGAUUCAUACCUGCGAUGCCACUGGAGAAGGACCAGGAGACGGAAGCUGAAGCGGAUCUGGAUACCUUCGGCGUAACGUCACCGGAGAAGGCUCUGGAUGUGGACCUUGCUGCUGAUCCUGAUUUCCCUGCUGUGAUUGAUAACAUUAUUGACUUUGUGAGUGAGACCGAACAGGGCUCAGAUAUCACAUCAGACACGAUUCAAGGCAGUAUGGUGGAGACUGAACGUCUUGCUGCUGACACGGCCUCUUCUGACUUGCAGAAACCAGCUGAUGAGUUAAGAGCUUCCACGGUCACGCAUCUGUCCGUUAAAAUCGAGGACACGUCCGAUGACAUCAUCUUCGUGACGGAGUGGCAGGUUUCCCCGGCCGGGGCGAGUGAGCCCGGUAGUAAAGAGUAGCUGCGGCUACUCUUUUUUUUUUUUUUUUUUUUUUUAAGAUGUAUUCAAAACAGUUUGUUCAGUUUGACGGUUGAGCUUAAAAGUGCAUGUGUUGUGAGGAGGAAAAAUAUCGAAACACCAUUUUGUUUAGUGGUGUCUCGUACUUUUUCUUUCAUUUCUUAUAGCACAAAAUGGUGGACCUGGUUCUUGUUCUUUACGGUUCCACAUCAGAAUUUCAGUAAAAAAUCAACAAGGUGCAAGUUUCACUGGUGCUUUUGUGAUUAUACAAUGCACACAAAACAUCUUUCAUUCCAAUUCUUUUUUUUAUUGUUGCCCAGUUAUAAACCAUAUGUAAAACGGAUAUAAAUUACACAAUAAUUAUUAAAGUCAGGCUUCUCCUGUGUCAG